ACUAGACUUGUGGUAGCGGCAAACCUCAAAGUAUCCGAAGUGUGAUGCCUCCUUCUUCGCCAUCAAUGGCUUCCACUCUCAGAGCCUACGCCCUCCCUCUCAUUCUCUUCGCCUUCGCCAUGCUCUACCAGCUUCUCCUCAUUCCCAAUUAUUUCCCCCCUUCCCACUACGACGUGCUCAAAAUCGACACCUAUAGUCCGGUGGACAAAGUCAGAGACUCUUACCACACUCUUCAAUCCAACUGGAAUUCGAGUCCCCAAGUUCCUGAUACUUGUCAGUUCUUAAAGAUUCAAUAUGCUUAUGAGUUGCUGACAAAUCCCUCGUGGAAAAGAGAUUAUGACCUAUUUGGGAUUGAUGAUCAACUUCAUAUUCUUGAGAAUGCCAGCAAGAAUUGUGCUGGAAAACGCAUUUCGGAAUUGGAUCUCCCUCUACUAGAUGUCCCUCCUCCUUCUGGGCCUAUUGAUCAUUCUCAUAAAGUCAUUACCGCACUAGACUUCCAGUCUAUAUUUCCAGUUACAAAGCCAUGGCUAAUUCAGUUAUAUUCAUCGGGGAGCAAACGCUGUGCUCAAUUUUCAGAAUCCUGGAAUAAAAUUGCUUCUCUAUUGCAUCCGUUUGCAAAUACUGGUAUGGUGGAACUUGGUGAGGUGCAAUUAGCCGUCUACCUAGCUGAUAAAAGAUCAACAGGAAAACCUUACUUCAGAAAUGGAAUUCCAUAUCUUCUUGCUAUUCCUCCCGGAUGCCGUGAUGUAAAAUGUUUUAGUAGGUUUGAUGGAGAGCUUACUGUGGACAAGGUUACAAAUUGGUUUGCAACAACUGUACUGGCUUUACCUCAAAUUAACUACUACUCGAAGGAGUCACUGGUGCCAAAACUUUUUGGAAAGAGUAGUCAUCAUAAGGUAAAAGUAAUAUUUUUCACAAAAUCUGGGGAACGUGCUGCUCCAUUUAUUCGACAAGCAGCAAAAGACUAUUGGGAUUAUGCUUCAUUCGCAUUCAUUCUUUGGCGGGAAGAGGAGUCUUCCUAUUGGAUGGGAGCAUUUGGCGUAGAAUCUGCACCUGCUGUCGUAUUUCUUAAAGACCCAGGUGUCAAACCUGUUGUGCACCAUGGUUCAGUAGACAAUUCAUUUUUCUUGAAGAUGAUGGAAAAUAAUAAACAGCAAGAGCUUCCUCAAUUAAGAAGUGUGACAUCAAUGGAGCUUGGUUGUGAUCCCCAUGGCUAUUCUCGUGCUGGAUAUGAUACAAUUAUUUGGUAUUGCGCUAUUGCAGUAGGAAGGCCAGGUCUUGCGCUGAACAAAAUGCGUGAAACUAUGUGCAGGGUCAAAGAAACAUUGUCUAAGCCUAAUGAGGCAGAUGCAUCAUCUGACAAUCAAACCUUAGCUCCAGCUGUGGAGGUAAUUAAAAGAAAGCGGUUGACGUUUGCUUGGCUUGAUGGUGAAAAGCAAAAGGAUUUUUGUCGAUUUUACCUUGGUCCGGCUAGCGAGCAGACUUGUGGACAACACACGGGCGUUGAUGAUAUUCCUCAGUUAUUUAUUAUUCGUUACCUGAGGAAUAGCAGUGCUAUGGAUACCAAGACACAGGAAAAACCGACAUGGAAAUCUCUGCUGAUGAAAGAUCUAGAGGGUGAACAUGAUCAAGCAGGCCAGUUUGUAGCUAGAUAUAAGGGUGCAAGUGAUAUCUCAGAGGUUUGUUCUUCUACACUGAAAUUUCCACAUCGCAAAUGGUGCUUUGUAACACUACGAACUCCAGCUCUUGUUCCAGAUGACAAAGAUCCUGGUUGGUCCAGAACUGCGCAAAAGGUUCCUUUGGAAAAUCUCAAGCAGAGGAUUCAGGGUGUUGUUAGAGGACUUUUGGUUUACCAAGAGGAUCCAAGAAUUGGUCCUUUCUUGCUUCUGGGAGCAUUAAUUUCUAUGGGUUCCAUCUGGUUCCGAAGGAACCAAGCUCAGACAUCUGAAUCAAAUCCACAAAGUCAACCAAGUUCUGAGGAACCUUCCCAGGAUGAAAGAAAUCAGAGACCAAGAGAUGGUCUCCGAAGGCGGCAAACUAAAGAUUCGACUAAAAAUCAGCAUCCUUCUAUGACGGAUUCGGAACCAAAGGGUGCUUAUCAAAUACCACUUUCAGAUUCUGAAUCUGAGUAGUUUCAACAUGGUUUCUCCUUGAAGGAAAGUAGCUUUUCAAGACACAGUGCUAUAUGGUCUGAACUCUAAUUAGGCUCCUAGUUGAAGCCUUUAGAACAUGAUACUAGGCUGUCAGCAUGUCAACUCGAGAUUAGGGCAUAUACUACUGAUGUCACGCUGAUUAGAAGCUAACUUGAUUUUCUUUGUACAUAGAUGUUAUUAAACUUUCCUGCUCCGAUCAUAGAAAUUUAUUUGAAUUUGCUGUUUCGAUUAAAACAUUUACUCACUCAAAUGGUUUAGUUCUUUAA